AUGUCUUCGCUACAAUUUGUCGUUCAUCCAAUUCCUGGCACCGAAGACCAGCUUAAUGAUAGGUUAAAGGAAGUAGCUGAUCGAUUAAAUAGAUUUGGACCCGUCUCACCACCUCAAGCUCUCUCUGUUAUAAAAUCUAGUGUGAAAAAAAUUGUUAUCGGACCAAAUCAUUUUGCUUUACUUCUAGAAGAUGGAAAAGUAUGUAGGGUGGCUUUUUCAAUUAUUUCUGACCGAUUGGAUCUCACCAAGAAUGACAAUAGCAAAAACUCUAAAGGAGGCGGUGGAGGUGGAGGAGGCCGCCAAGUUACCCGAACACGUGCUCGGAUUGUACGAUCAUCCACCUCAAACUUGAGAGGUCGAGGUGGAACCGGAGUUAUAAUGGGUGGAAAUAGUUCAGGCAGUGGCAGCAGGACUGUUAUAUCUGCUCCGUAUGUACCUGAAGAACUUGUUACUCAGGCACAAGUAGUGUUGCAGGGAAAGAGCAGAAACCUUAUUAUUCGAGAGUUACAGCGUACCAAUUUAGAUGUGAACUUAGCCGUAAAUAACUUAUUAUCUCGUGAUGAUGAAGAGGGAGAAGAAGGGGAAGAAGGAGGAGAUAGUUACGUUCCUGAAGAUCUUAUUUCCCUCCUGGAUGGUGGAUUUCAUCCUGAUCACUCUGUAAUUAUUGAUGCUGAUGCCAUGUUUUCGGAAGAUAUGUUUGGCUAUUCAUCAAUGAGGAUGGGAAAUGUUGGCAGGCUAAGGCGUGGAGGCGGACCUAAUGAAAGAGAGAGAGGUUCUUCUGAAGGAACGUCUGGAGAACGGAGCUCAGAGAGGGACAGAGAUAGGAGAGAUGGUAACGACCGUGACUCAUUUUCAAGGUGGAGGGAUAGGCAGUACUUCGGUCCUAGGAGGUGGCUUGAAACUGCACUUAGGGAUACCAAUUGGGACAAGGAAGGAGAAACCAAGAAAAAGGCUGAUAAAUCUUUGAUUACAGAGAGCAAGAAAAAGGAUGUUAGUGGAGGUAAUCCACUCUGGAUGUCUGACGAUGUUGAGUUUUGGCCUGACAAAGAAGGAGCUAACAGCCCCAAGUUCAUCAACAUUGCUGCUCUCUACAGUGAACUUAUAGCCGUUUCUUCUAAUGGUCAGUUACACCAAUGGAAGUGGGCAGACAUAGAACCUUUUAAAGCUGAGAAUGGUGUACAUCAUCCAAAAACAAUAUCUCUUGGAUUGUUGAAUGAACGAGUUACUCUUAUCUCGGCAUGCUCCAUUCGUUGCACAGUCGCUACAGAAAGUGGGAAGGUAGCUACAUGGUUAGAUGAGCAAAUUAGCCAUGCUGCUGGUAAAUUAGAACAUCCUGCUACAACUUUUACUGAAUUUACCCUUGAUCGAAUUUCAUCACUCUAUACAUGCACAUUGUAUACACUUGCGAGGCUAGAAAGUGGAGCCUUAUAUUGGUGGGGAGUGCUACCUUUUAACCAAAGGAAGAAACAGUGGGAGAAACAUCGUGCUAAGUCGAGUAAGGCAAGACCGUCAGUAACUAAUCAAGAAAUUGUACCCGGUACUCAGGUGUGCAUGAAGAGUAGUCCAAUGUACCAGGCAGGAGCAAUAGGUUUCACUGUUGUUGGUGGCGUACCAAAAGUUGGACAACUUCAAAACGCAGCUUGGAAUCUAACAGAUAUUUGUAGAUAUAAGCUUUUACCACCACCAUCACCAUCCAGUGCUUCUGAUUCAAAAUGUAGGACUGAUACUUCUUCUAGUGGAGCUAAUAAGUGCAGUAAAACCUCAAGUUGCUCGCAGCCUAAAAGUUCCAGUCAGAAAGAAACCGCUGACAGGAUAGACAUGCCUCCACCUCCUAGCCCUGCUUCAUCCACAUGCAGUGAUACAGGAUCAACAUCACACAAGCGUCCAAAGAGAGUCACUGUUAAGGAAGAUGACAAAAAAGACGAAAUUAUGUGGAACCUGAGGGAUGUAGUGUUUGUCGAAGAUGUUAAAAGUUUGCCAAUUGGAAAAGUUUUAAUGGUAGAUGGUUCUUAUGCUGUGGUAAGGUUUUUGUCAAAUCCUAGUAAAGAAACAGGAAAAGAUGGAAAAGAAAUAACUUUGUGUGAUGAAUCAUUUGGUGCAUUUCAAGAUUGCCGUCUUCUGAGAAAAGACGAAUUACAGGUUGUGAAAACAAAUACAACUUCUCGAGCACCUGACUGCUUCCAGAGAACUCCAAGAAGGAUAAAUAUAGGAGAUAAUGUUGGCCAAAUAUUAGCUGUGGCUGUUGAUGGAUUAGGCCUGCACGCUAUUGUAAAAAAUAAUUCAAGACUGAGCUAUAUGCUUUUUAAUUUGACUACGGGUCGAAUUGAGCAAGAUUGUCCUUUUCCAACUGAUACUGAUUCCUUCAUGGGUUUGGAACCUUCAAACAUUUCAUUGACUUCGACUGGUGAGAUGUCUGAAAGUGUUUUGCUCUUACGUGAUGGAAAUUCAACAUUGUGCCCGCUGGCUAAAGAUUCCGUAGAUUCAAUAAGAGAUUGCCAGUGGCUGGACCUUCCUCCAUUGAAAGCUCUUGCUGCUGCCCCUCAUGCCCUUCCCAAUUCGAACAGCUCUCUUAAAUCACAAGCUGCCGUUAUCAUUCUUGCUAUUCAGUCGCAGCUAUUGAUGCCAUCUAUUCUUCGUUGUGAUAUUGAUAAUGUAAAGCAUAUACUUCUCAGCCUUGAACAUGAUUCACGCGGGGAAGACACAUUACUGGCUAUCCUUAAUGAAAGAUGCGAUGGAAACAGAAAUAUUCUUCAUGCUUGUGUUUCAAUGUGUACUCCUACUACUAAUAAAGAUUCGGAAGCUGAUCUACUUAAUGUUUUAUCAGAAAUGCCAAACACUGUUACAAGCGGUACUACCACAGACACAAGUAAUGUCAUCUCAUGGUCAUCGAGACCUGUCAGCAUCAGAGAAAUGAUGAGGAGAGCAACUGCUGCUGUCAGGACAGGUUCUGGAAGCAACAAUGCUGGUGAGGGCAAUGAGACUGGAGGUCAAGAUGAAUCUGUUCUGGGCUGGCCUCCAGAUCCGUUCUUGGAGACUGCGUCAGGCGAUGAAGACAGCUUGAUGGUCGGUUUGAGGGAAGGGUUGAAAGCUCCUCCACCACCCCCUGUUCUUCCAGAUCCAGCUGAGCGAAGGACCAAUGCUCUUAUAGCUCUGAAGAUGUUAUGCGAGUCUCCAGCUCUCCAUCCUCACCUUCCUGCUCUGCUACAGGCCAAGGACGCACAAGGGCAGACACCCUUUAUGCUUUCAGUGGCCUGUCGUGCAUAUCAGGCUGGGUUGGUUCUGUUUGAAACAAUUUUGUCUUUAGUAUCUAAACCUCAAGCUCCACCAACUCCUCCCCCGCCACCUCCACCACCGAACACGACUGCGUCAACUGAAGAACGAUUAAAAAAUGUGCUCUCAGCAUGGUUCUCAAAACCUAACAAUACUGAACUGAAGUUGGUGAAUUCUGAAGAUACUGAAAUCAUUGAUAAGGAAGGAUUAGAAGCAAUGGUGUUUCCUCGGGGCUCAAAUCCUGAUUUGUCACCCCUUCAUAUCAUAUGUUGCAAUGAUACAUGUAGCUUUACCUGGACUGGUGCUGAACAUAUUAACCAGGACAUUUUCGAAUGUCGGACUUGUGGUUUGACUGGCUCACUUUGCUGCUGCACUGAAUGCGCUCGUGUCUGCCAUCGUGGGCAUGAUUGCAAACUGAAGCGCACAUCUCCUACUGCUUAUUGUGACUGUUGGGAGAAAUGCAAGUGUAGAGCUCUCGUACAAGGAAGCCAGUCUGCUAGGUUCCAGCUGAUGUCCAGUCUUAUUACCCAUACUGAUUUAGUUUCAAAACAUAAUUCAAGAGGAGAGAGUAUUCUAUUAUUUUUGGUGCAAACAGUUGGGCGCCAAAUGGUUGAACAGAGGCAGUAUAGAGCACCAAGGUCACGAUCAGCCUCUGCCACUACACGAAAAACUCCUUCCUCUGAUGUUGAGCCUGAUAUGCCUGAACAUGACCUUGAGCCACCAAGAUUCAGCCGUAGAGCAUUUGAACGAUUGCUCAGCGAUUGGCCUGCCGUCAAGGGGAUGAUCAUGACAGGUGUGAAAGAAGAAAAAAAUUGGCGGCAGAACCCUUACUAUGAAGAACAUGCUUAUCUGCAUGCUCAAAGUGGAAGUGCUCUUUUGGACAAGUUUACUCAUUGUUUGCUUGUGAAAUGUGGUUCUGAAAUGGUUGAAAGUGUUGUUGCUACAUUGACUAGGGAAUUGCAGAAUACAUCCAUUCCAGGAAGAGCUGAAGAAGCUGCUCUUGUUACUAGAAGGUUUGUCAGAUCCGUGGCCAGGAUAUUUGUUGUGUUCAGCGUCGAAAUGGCACCACAAGCAAGCAAGCGAAAAGCUUAUCUGACCAGGGUAACCGGAGCAACUGGGCCAAUCAUGAAAUGUAAAAAGGUAUUUCAAUCUUUGACGAAGAUAGCAGUUGAAGAAUUAUGUGAGACAGCUGACAGCCUCAUCGCACCUGUCAGGCUCGGAGUAGCUCGUCCAACUCCCCCUUUUACUCUUUCUACAUCAUCUAUUGAAGGAUCUGAGGAAUUGUUCUCAGUAGAACCUUUAGCUCCACCGAGCUCUGCUGGUAGCCGCAGAGGUCAGAAAGCUGCUAGAGGGAACGAAGAAGCACAAGGUAGUAGUACUUCUACUAUUAGACAACGUCCUCUUGUCUCUUUGAUGGAUAUUGAAGAGGAAAUGGUCGAGAGUUUAGUGGCGUUAGCUAAUGAUGGUGAGGGAAGUGAGGGUGAAGCUGAGAGAGAAACGGAGCGAGAGACCGGCGAAAGAGAAGGAGAGAGGGAAGGUGCUGAGAGUGAGAGCGAAGAUCUUCUUGUGGAAACAGAAAGUGAUUCAGACCAGAGUAAUCAAGAGACUGUUCAGCAUGUACCAUCUAAUACACCACCCGCGACUGGAGAAGAUGAAAGUGGAGAUUCCAGUCAGCAGGAGGAAACAGAUGCAGAAAGUGAAGGUUUAGAUCAGGAAGAAAUGGUGCUUGCUGAUGAACAACUUGAAAGAAGAACGAGUUCGAGUGGUCAAGGUCAAAGGAGUAAUCUAGCUCCUCAAUCAAUGCAGUGGGCUAUCAGAAGCCGGGAUACUAACUCCAGGUCUUCAGGCUUCCGCGUAGCUUCUGGGAACUCUCUUGUCUUUAUUGAUCCGACUUCCCUCCGUCGUUCAGCUAACAACAACUCUUCGAGUGGCAACUCAACGCAAGAUGGCGUUACGAUGACAACAACUGCAGCCUGCCUUGCCCGCAGUUUUGCCAUUGUUCUGCGGCAGAUUGCUGAUCUUCUGGGUGGGACACACAGCAUGUCAGUACCUUCUGAGAAUUCCCUUGUUAUCACCUAUGAGGAAUGCAUUGAACUUCAGAAAUAUGUCGAAAGACAGCUGAAGCCAACUUGGGAUUGGUUGAUGACAGUAAUGGAUUCAACAGAAGCUCAACUCAGAUUCGGUGCUUCACUUACUACCUCAUCUGACCCCAACCACCCAAAUCAUCCUCUCCACCACUCUUCAAGUGGCUGGAGCGCCCCAUCAGUUUUGCAGAGCAGUGGCGCAACCGCUAGCAGUAGAAAUGGAGGUGGAGCAGGAGGCAGAGACAUGCCUCCAACUUCUACUCCUAGGCAGACUGGUGCCAGCUCUUCCUCAUCUGCACCUGCAGCAAGGAUCGUGGAAAGAUUUACAAGCAGCUCAGACUCCUCAAGGCCCCCCCGAGACCGUGACGGUCAAGUUGAUGCUCAUUCUGCUCGGCGGGAACUUCUGAUGUAUUGUCUUUCUUUGAUGCGUUGCCACAAUUCUGAACAUGCUGAUUCUCUCCCUGUUCUGGAUGUCUCAUCUUUGAGGCAUAUUGCCUAUGUUUUUGAUGCCCUUAUUUAUCUCCUUAGGGCAGGAACGGACCAAAAUCCUGUUAUCGAUGAAACGCUUUUGCCUCAAACAUGGGCUCAACCUGAUGAGAACGAGAACGAGGAAGGUGAAGAGGAAGGAAGCAGUGCAGCUGCUGGAGGAACCAGCACAACUCCAAGCGGUACUCCACCUGCCGCUACACCUCCAGCUGGUGAAGAUACAGAUGAGACAGAACCACUUGGACUUGCUGGCCGUGGUCGCAGGCAUCCCUUCUUCCAGAGAUCUGAUUCUACUCUCUGUCUUGGCUGCACUGCUCCAGAUCCUUUUGACACUCCUAUGGCUCGCUCUCUACCCCUUGCUGAUCAGCCCCAUCUUUUGCAACCUAAUGCCACUCGUGAUGAGCUGUUCGGUAUCCCUAAGAUACCGGCACCAGAGCAACAAUCAAGUAGUGGUACCUCAAAUCAACUAGGGCCAUUACCAACUAGGCUAGGGCUUUCUUUAAGGACUGAGGAAGCUCUGAACGAAAAGUCAAAAAAAGAAACUUCUCAAGAGAAAUAUCUGUGCAAAGAAGAUUCUUCGGAUAUGGAAAUUGAUCAUGAAGAUGCAAAACAAGAAAGUAAUGAUGUUGCCAGAGUUCCUAUUAUAGUUUCUACUAGCAGCGAAGAAGGUAGAGAAACUAGACCGCUUGUCAUCGUACGUGCUGGUAAAAGCGGAGAAGAAAAGUGUAAUAUAGAAGCAUCUAUCAAUGAUGAUGAUAUGGGAGUGAGAGUGGACGAUGAAGAACCUUUCCCUCCUCUUCCUAGGAUCUGCAGUUGGAUUACUGCAGACCUUUUGCUCGGACGAUGGCGGUUAGCCCUUGAUCUGUUUGGUCGGGUGUUUAUGGAGGAUGUUGGACUUGAACCAGGCUCAGUCGUCUCUGAAUUAGGAGGUUUUCCUGUGAAAGAGGCAAAAUUUAGGAGAGAUAUGGAAAGACUGAGAAACCUACAGAACAGAGAUCUGACUCUUGCGAAAGUGGAACGUGAUAGGACAUCCCUUCUUUUCCAAACGUUAAAAGAACUUAACACAGUUUACAAUUCACACCAGAGGCGAGCUGGUUCUCAACCCCCAUUGGCUGUUAACAGAGUCAAGGUAACGUUUAAGGAGGAGCCUGGGGAGGGUUCUGGUGUGGCAAGAAGUUUCUAUACCGCUAUUGCUGAGGCACUCUUGGCUAAUGAGAAAUUGCCGAACCUUGAAGGUGCACAAGUUGGUUCUCGUCAACAAUAUAAUGUUCUGCAGAGGAUAAGGACCCGAGACCGUGAUACUGUGAGGAGAAUUCAGACUCGUUCUUCUGCUUCUUCGAGGUGCAGGUCGCCCAGAAGGUCAUUGUCAAUUGAUGCAAGAUCGUUUGCUCCUUCAUCCCAAGCUGUUUCGGCGACAAGCUCAGCAACGUCGACACCCAGUGAUGCUGCUCAGGCCAAUAAUGAUCACCUCUCUUAUCAUCAAAUAACUCUUGGUGAAAGACUUUACCCUAAGGUACAUGCCCUGAGGCCCUCAUUUGCAGCAAAAAUAACUGGCAUGCUUCUAGAAUUAUCUCCUGCACAGCUUCUGAUGCUGUUAGCUUCAGAGGAUGCGUUAAGACAAAAAGUAGAAGAAGCCAUGCAAAUCAUUUUAGCUAAUGGCCAUCAGAUUGGAAAUCAUACCCUAUUAGAAAUGGACUUAUUGUCAGCCACUAAUUCAUCUAAAUCGACCUCUAGCAAUACCCCAGUGAAUUCUGAUGUUUCUGUCAGUGAGACCACCGAAGAGGUUGUGGUUGAAGAUAAUGCACCUCUUUUUUACACACCUGGUAAAAGAGGAUUCUGCUCUCCUCGACAAGGACGGGCAACUUUUGAACGUAUAAAUGCUUUCAGAAAUACUGGGAGGUUGAUCGGUCUCUGUCUUUUGCAAAAUGAACUGCUUCCUCUCUUAUUAAAUAGGCAUGUCCUCAAGUUCAUACUAGGUCGCCAAAUAAGGUUCCAUGACCUUGCUUUCUUUGAUCCGGUGAUGUACGAAUCUCUUAGGCAACUUGUUAUUGAUGCUGAAUCGAAACAAGGGAACUCAUUGUUUUCAGCACUUGACCUCACAUUUAGUAUUGAACUUAGCCCUGAAGAAGGAGGAGGAAGUGUUGAAUUAGUGCCAGGAGGUAGGGAUCUUGAAGUAACAUCAGCCAAUGUCUAUGACUAUGUUAGAAAAUAUGCUGAAUAUCGCAUGUAUAAGUCACAACAGAAAGCCCUUGAGGCCAUAAGGCAAGGAGUUUUUGAUGUACUUCCAAGCUGUUCCCUGGAUGGCCUGACUGCUGAAGAUCUUCGUCUUCUUUUGAAUGGUGUUGGUGACAUCAAUGUUUCAGUGCUAAUAUCCUAUACUUCAUUCAAUGAUGAGUCUGGAGAAACAUCGGAAAGGUUGCUGAAAUUCAAGAGGUGGCUUUGGGCAAUCGUUGAAAAAAUGACUCACAUUGAAAGAAUGGAUUUAGUUUAUUUCUGGACUGGUUCUCCAGCCCUACCUGCUUCCGAGGAUGGGUUCCAGCCAAUGCCGUCAGUGACCAUUAGGCCAGCCGAUGACACCCACCUUCCUACCGCCAACACCUGUAUUUCAAGACUUUACAUCCCCUUGUAUUCCUCACGGCAGGUUCUUAGGCACAAACUUCUGCUUGCAAUCAAGACAAAGAACUUCGGAUUUGUAUAA